AUGCCAACCCAAGCAGAUGCGUUAGAAUUACAGCCUGCAGCAACGUCGACGCUUCCCUCACCCGAGGGUCAGCCUUGCAGCUCCAGGAACAAGAUGCAGCAUGCUUUUAUCGUCGUUGCGGCCACGGUGAUAGUCAUCUGUGGUCCAGGCCUCUUGUUCGCCUACGGUGUUUUCCAGGAGCUAUUCGAGUCUCUAUCUUACGAUGAGUCGAGUCCUUUCAGCGGUGCAUCGACGGCCCAGAUCGAUUUGAUUGGCACACUGUCAGUCUCUUUCAUGUUCAUGGCAGGCCCUUUCGCUACAGCAUGGUGCAAACGAUAUCGUCCACGAUAUGUGAUCUGGCUUGGAGCAGCGAUUUUCCUGCUCGCUUCCAUGCUGGCGAGCGUCUCCGCGCAUCUCUGGCAAUUUCAACUCACACAGGGGCUGCUGUUGGGGGUCGGAAUCUGCAUCACAUAUAUGCCUGCCGUCAGUAUACCACCGACUUGGUUUGACAGACGUCGUGGUCUUGCCAUGGGUAUCGUGUUGGCAGGCACUGGCAUCGGUGGGGUUUUCUGGGCACCAGUCCUCCGGGCACUGAUAUCGAAAGCCGGCUUCCGCAAUACCCUCAGAAUUAGCGGUGCGAUUUGUUCUACUUUCAUGGCCAUGGCCGGCUUAGUCUUGGAAUGGCCUCCAUCACGGAAAGCGGCUCUGGCCGUGGAGAAUGCCUCGCUCAGUCGCACCGCCUCCAUUUUCACUAUAUCCCUGGUCGAUUGGAAGGUCGCUACUUCACGCAAAUUUGUUGCUCACGCCCUAGGUGCAAUGUUGCAAUCGGCUGCUUACUAUACUCCAGUUUUCUUCUUCGCGUCCUACACUCGCACGCUUGGCUACAGCCAAGCCACUUCAGCCAGUUUCAUUGCCUUGUCGACGGCCAUCAAUGCCAUUGGAAAAGUCCUCAUUGGUUAUGCGGCAGAUCGUAUAGGCCGUCUCAACGCGCUGUUCUUAACAACAAUGGUUUCGUCAGUCACUGCUCCGGCUCUCUGGUUGCCGUCGUGUCUCUCCAGCACACAGUCUGAAGGUCGCUGUUUCUUCAUCGCAUUCAUCGUAUUCUAUGGGAUCUUCGCCUCUGCUUAUGCUGCACUUUUCCCAACGUCGUUGGUCGAAGUAUUUGGGGUACAGCAUUUCGCCAGUGUCAAUGGAGUGUUGUAUAUGGCUCGAGGCGUGGCGACCUUGGUCGGUACCCCUUUGGCAGGAGCGCUGAUUCAUCGAAGUAAGCACGUCGACGGCAAGGCAUCAGUUGGAGUUACCUCUCGGGGAUAUGAGAAUGCCAGUAUUCUUGUGGGAUGUCUGCUAGUUGCCGCCACCCUAGCAGUUCUAUGGGUGCGGAUUGAGGCCACGCUAGGGACGAACGUACACCGAGGGAAGUGGAGGCUCUAA